AGCGGAGCGACGCGAGCCGGAACCGGACUGAUGAGAAGAACCAGACCUGCAGCGGGAGCAUUUCUGCAUCUUUCUCUGGACUGUCACAAUCAAUCACUCCCUUAUUAUCUGAUUUUCACAAAAACAAAAAGUGUGCCGGCACUAAGAUGACGUUGGUCUUCACACUUCUCUGCCUCUGCGUUUUAAAGAUGGGCGGCUUCUCCGCAUCUGUCACUCAAGCCACCGUCCAAUCAGACAUUGAGUGUCAUGACUGGGGUGUGUGGAGCAAGGGUUCGGUGCGGGUGUAUGACGGGGAGGUGGCGUAUCUCUACUGUCCGCUCUUCUCUUAUCCCACGCUCUACAGCUACAGUCAGACUCAGAACAGCAGUCUGUCUCUGCUGUGGUACCGACACACACACACACACGAGCUGGAGCAGCCCAUCAACCUCAAACUACACACACUGCACAAAGACCGCGAGUACCUGUGGAUUCAGCCGGCUUCGGCGCAGGACGCCGGACUCUACAUCUGCAUGCUCCGCAACAUUUCCUCGUGUGUGAAGAUCGGCGUGGAGCUGAAGGUGGUGCAGAAGGACGGAGAGUGUGACAGGAGAGCUCAACCUCACCUGAACCUGACUAUACCGUUCCAGAGUGAACAAACCCUCACCUGUCCAGACCUGAACACACUCACGCUGCCCAACAGCACACACUCCGUCAGCUGGUACCACUUAUGCAGGUAUGAUCUGUUUCAAAGAGACCGAGAGCUGAAAGGAGAUGAUCUGGUGAUCUACAGGAUGAUGGAGCCGUACACUGGCCUCUACACGUGUGUGGUUUCAUAUCAGAUGAACGGACGCACGCUCCAGUUCACACGCAACAUUAACGUCAUUGCUGUUGUUCCUGAUGUCGGCAGUAAAGUUCCCAUCAUCCUGAAUCCCGCGAGCGAUCAGAUCUACACGGUGACUCUGGGAGAUACUGUGACACUGUCCUGUCGUGUGCAUCUGCCUCACCUGUACGAGGAAAAGCAGCACAUCUGGUGGACCAUCGAUAACAAAACCGUGGAGCAACUCGCCGACCCACGAUUCAGCUCACUUGAGGCCACGCUUGUGUCAUAUGAUUACGGUGACGAAUUGAAAGAACGAGUCCUGAAUGUGAUGGAUUUUUCAGCUGACGACCUGCAGAGGGAGUUUAACUGCUCCGCCAGAAACAGCCGUGGGUUCAACACCAGCCGAGCCGUACUGAAGACCGAACGUAACUACACACGCUAACAUGACUAACACACAGGGCCAAUGCCCCCCCAGAUUCUCCUUGUGUCUCCCCCCAAAAAUGUCCAGCCAAAAAAAAAAAAAGCAUUAAACACUUAUUAUUUGUACUAUCUAAAUAAGGAUCAGUCACUUUGUUCAAAGGAAAAAUGGACAAUUAUGCACAUAAUGACAUUUGAACUCAUAGCCACAAAAUCAUAUUAUAAAUAAUAAUAAAAAACUAACCGUAACAUCCAAGCA